GGCCAAAUCCAUAUCCAUUCCUAGAAUGCAUCCAAAUGUCAUAUUCUUAAAAGUUUUUUCUCUUAUUCCAAAUCCAUUUCUAAUGGUUAUGCGGGCUUCACAACUAAAAGCCCAAAAAAAUACCGCACUGCAGGCCCAUUCGCCUUUUCCUCAUAAAAAACCCUAUCGGCUUAAAAGCUCUCUGCCGCAGCCGAAUUGAAUAGAAUCGUUUCUGACUCCGGCGGUCUUCCGAGCAGGCGUAACAAUGGUGGCGGCGAAGAAGACGAAGAAGACUCAUGAGAGCAUCAACAACAGGUUGGCUCUGGUCAUGAAGAGUGGCAAAUUCACCUUGGGGUACAAGACCGUUCUCAAGUCCCUCAGAAACUCCAAAGGAAAGUUGGUUAUAAUUUCCAACAACUGCCCACCCCUCUGGAAGUCGGAGAUUGAGUAUUAUGCUAUGUUGUCAAAAGUGGGUGUUCACCACUAUAGUGGAAGCAAUAAUGAUUUGGGAACUGCAUGUGGGAAAUUCCACAGAGUAUGUUGCAUGAGCAUUAUUGAUCCUGGUGAUUCCGACAUUCUCAAGAGCAUGCCGGGUGACCAGUAAUUUUGUUAAGAUCGUGCUUUCCGGUCAUUGUUGUUUUCCCCCUCUAAACUGUGUCAUUUUAAUUUUAAUUAUGGUUCUUCAAUGCUAGUUGGUUGACAUGUACCAUCACCCCAUCCAGAUUCUGGCAGUUGUUUUGAUGUUUGGUUGAUGAAUUUUGUCUCUUGGAUGAAAUGAUGAACUGUGCCUUUCCUUUAUGUAGUAUUAUGUGUCAUAAACAUGACUUUUAUGA